UCGCCAGUUGAUCGAAAUUUUGACAGCAAUGACAUGUUUGUACGUUUACGCGCCAAACAUUCGUCCAUACAACAAUUCUGUUCCAUUGACGGUCAGUGUUGACUAAACGCGUUCAGCUUGAAUUAGUUUGAAUUUUAAAACGAAAAAUUGAAAAAAAAAUAAAUUCAGAAUUUUGAUAAAUCAGAAUAGAAAUCAAAAUGACGGGAUUAACAUCGACAGUGACCAAUCAGCACCGAAGUAUCGAAAAAGCGGCUAAAGUGAAAAAUCCAUUGGAACCAUUCUCAAGUGAAUUCUCAAAGUAUACAAAUGGUGAUUUUGAGGUGAACAUUUAUUGCAAAUGGAAAAAUGAUAUGGAUUCGAAAACAUUGAAAUGGGCAUUCAAAUUGGCCGAACGAAAUGUUUCACCGUUCUACAAAACUGGCCCAAUCGGAUGGCAACCAAAAGUCAAGCAAAGCGAUUUGAACAAAAACUGGGCUCGCUACUUGGUUGCCACGGACAAACAGAAAAAUCCCAUCGCAUAUGCAAUGUUCCGAUUUGACAUGGACUACGGCAACAGUGUACUUUAUUGCUAUGAAAUGCAAGUGGAAAAAGAGUAUCAGCGAAAGGGGCUCGGUCGAUUCAUCAUGAAUGCAUUGGAGAAAAUGGCACGUCACUACCAAAUGGAGAAGCUGAUCCUCACCGUGCUGUCGAACAACGAAGCAGGCAUUACAUUUUUCAAGGGACUCGGUUUUGGAGUCGACGACACAUCACCUGAUGCUGCUGAAAAUUCCGGAUACCAAAUCCUAAGCAAAUCACUUCUUUAGAAAACAAACAUCACCGUUGAGACUGCAUCUUAAUUUAAGAUUCCUGUAUUUUUGUUUUGUUUGUUCUUUUCACACCGAUUUAACAUACAAUUCUGUAACGAAUUCCAUUGAAGAUUAACAGAGAAAAAAAAAUAAGAAAUCACAAAAUCCGAA